CUUUAUGUAGGCUGUUGUCAGCAGACUGCUGUUUACAUAAUCUCAUAUGGCACGAGACAGUCUAGUGAUGGGAGUGACUCACUUGAACGGCUUCAGUGCGUCAUCUUCGGGAUUCGGUGAUGCAUGCCACGAACGCGUCGGUUCUCCCGGUAAAAGCGUGCUAACGGGGAUCUCCUCCAUCACACGAGCUCCUCACUGCGGACCUGCACCGUAGCCUAUAUCUCAUCUUACAUAACGGCGGUCGACAGGACGGGACGGAAGCAUCAGUCAACUCCAGACAGCGGCCGCCACUUUGAAGACAAUGCAGGCUUUUGUGCAUGAGGAACCGGGCACGCAGCACUCGCGCCCCGGGCGCAAACCGUCUUGAAUGUAAACUCACACAAACAAAAACGCACACACACACACACACACACACACACACACACACACAUAGACAGAGGCUUUGUGAAGCACAGACUAAAUGUCAGUGCAGAAGCUGCACGUCGCUCCUCACAGAACAAUCUGUGCCACUGCAAAUAAAAAACAGAGCAGAGUGCGUGCACGGAGCAUUUGUCAAUAAACACACUCUACAACGUGCGUCAGAGUGAAAAGCUGCAGCUGGCAGAAAUAACGCGUUGGAUGUGAUGUGAGUUUAGUGUUUCUCCCACAGGUCAUCUUCUGCAGGCAUCCGGAGUUCAGAGAGCAAACCGACGCAACCUCCGCAUUGCACGCCGUACCCGUAACCAUGGCGGAACCGGAGCUGUCGCCCACGUCGGACCCGUCUCUGCGGUCUCCGCGCUCGGCACCACUGUCGUUGUCAUUCCAGUUCCUGCGAGAAGGCAGCCGCGUUUGGGAACGACCCGCCCUGCAGCCCGGGGAGUUACAGAGUCCUCUGCCCACCAAACGCACCCGCACGUACUCUGCGACUGUUCGUGCAAACGUGGGUCCCGUUUUUAAGGGCGUGUGUAAAAACUUCUCGCGGUCGCAGGGUCACGGCUACAUCAGACCAGCUCACGGUGGAGAGGACAUCUUCGUACACAUCUCAGAUAUUGAAGGAGAGUACGUUCCUGUGGAGGGAGAUGAGGUCACAUACAAGGUCUGUCCAGUCCCGCCCAAGAAUGUGAAGGUCCAGGCCGUGGAGGUGAUCAUCACGCACCUCAAACCAGGAACCAAACACGAGACCUGGUCGGGCCAGAUCAUCAGCUCCUAGGAUCCAGUCGGAGCAGGACUGCAGGGAGGGAGGAGGGUGGGUUUUCCCGGAAGAGAGAGCAAAGCAUCAUGGGAAGGUUUUUGAAAGUAGAAGGGUGCAGAGAAUGUUGAGUUCAGCAGAACGAGCUGCGUUACGGGAACAUUAGACCUCAAACAGACUCUACGCAAGUAUUUAUUUCACACGUCCAUGUGGUUCGAAAAGUCUCCAAAUAUACGUCACAUUUCGCAACAGAAGUUUGCGUAGAGCUUGUUUCUGGUUAAAUGAGUCAUCUGUAGGUGUGAGAAACUGAGAUGAUAUUUGAACAUCCUCAAACUGGACUGUGAAAGAAUCAAACGCAUCGAUUCGGAGGCACACGCUACACUUGUGGCUGUUUUUGGCUCUUAUAUUUAUUUUUCUUUAUUUAUGCAUUCAUUUUUAACGUUAAAUUGAUGGUAAUAGGGUAAUAGGGUGGAUCUCACAAAAACCUGUCCAGAACAUAUCAUAUUCACAGUUAUAUUCACCCCAAAAUCAAAAUGGAAAAAUUAAGCAAUUAUGUCCUGCAUAAAGAUUUUCAGGACAGUUAAACACAUUUACCCCCAAAUUCAUAACACUGCAGAAAAAUCUCUUAUUUAAAUUGUAAAACAUUAAAUAUCAUAAUUGUAUUACUUGUACUGACUGUACUGGUAUUUUAUUCAUGCAUUUGACAGAUUUUAAUUUAAAAAUCUUGAGAAUCAUGACCGAGAAUAAAAACAAUGUCUAAAAAUGUCGAUAAACAACAGUACAGCAUGCAAUGUUUUAUUUAAAGCAAUGAGAAUUUUAGGGGGUAGAUGCUUUAUUCUCAUAAAAGUCACGAUGCAAAAAAACAAUUUGUAAUGGUCCUAAAGUUAACCUUAAUUUUCAUUAUGCAAAAUAUUGUUCAUUUGAUUUCAGGGUGAAGUAUGAAUCAGACAUGAUCUUGGCAGGUUUGUAGCGUUUCAUCUAUUGGGCUCGGUUAUAUAUGCUGGAACUGAAACAUCAUGGACUAAUAUUGCACUUGAAACUUGAAACCCCAAAUAAAAACUGCCAAACUGACUUCAUCUCCCAGAACUCUUUCUCGGGAGCUUUUCAGGGUAAAAAGCAGCAUUUUGUAGACAGCUGAAG